AUGCCUGGCACAGCAAGACACGACCGAGAGAUGGCGCUCCAGGCCAGAAAAAACCUGGCCAAAACCACUGACCCAAUUGAGAAACUUCGGCUUCAGUGCCUGUCCAGGGGCUCUGCAGGGAUCAAGGGCCUCGCCAGGGUCUUCCACAUCAUGGAUGAUGACAAUAGCAAGACUCUUGAUUUCAAAGAGUUCUUGAAAGGCCUCCAUGACUAUGCAGUGAUGAUCGAAAGAGAAGAAGCUGAAAAGAUUUUCAAAACCUUUGAUAAAGACGGGAAUGGAAUAAUAGAUUUUGAUGAAUUUCUCAUAACGUUAAGACCUCCUAUGUCUAAUGCAAGGAAAGAAGUCAUUAUGCAAGCCUUCCGAAAGCUAGACAAGACUGGGGAUGGUAUCAUCACCAUCCAAGAUCUGCAGGGUGUCUACAACGCAAAGCAUCACCCCAAGUACCAGAAUGGAGAAUGGACAGAAGAACAAGUUUUUAGGACUUUUCUGGAUAACUUUGACUCACCCUAUGAUAAAGACGGACAGGUUACAACAGAAGAAUUCAUGAACUAUUACUCAGGCGUCAGCGCUUCCAUUGACACCGAUGUCUAUUUCAUUGUGAUGAUGAAAAAUGCUUGGAAAAUCUGAUGGCAGAAAACAAGGCCGCUUCUCCUCCUCUUUGUUGUUUUAAGCAUCUCUGAACCUGGCAUGCAGGACAGUGUGAUUACAUUCCAAGCAGCAUUCAUAGAAGGAAAAAGUAGUUACGUUAUCACGGCGCUUCUUGUUUUUGCAAGACCAGCCUUAAGGCAGAUGUGCACCUGGAUUCAGCAACAGGCGUUCCCAGUAUAAAUGAUUCAAAUCGGGGUGGGAGGCAUUUCCGAGGGAAAAUUGGUGGUCAGAUCAGGGCGCUGCCCCCUUCCUGUAUUCACUGAGUUCCUUCCACAGCUGUCCCUUCCCUGCCCCACCACCUCCACUCCUACUCUAGGAAGGGUCUGAGUUCAGAAAUAAGGCUGGGCUGAGGGAAAUAAACUUUUGGAGGGGGGAAUCACAGGAGUAAAAGUAGUGGGUGGGGAAAGAUUAAACACACACUUCUUGCACAAAUUACUAAGUGUUUUAGGAGAGAAGAGUCUUUGGUGAGAAGUCAUUUCCACCUAAGGUGUAGGACCAGGGCAGAUGUCAGCAGUGGGCACCUCUCAUGGGCUUGGCCCUUUCCUUCCUGCCCUUAGGUGCUAAAACACCAGAAAGUCCCUUUGCAAUGCAGAUCAUUAUUGGCAUUUAGCAGCUACCAGACAAAGCA